UUACGCUUAUCAGGGCACGUUCGCCGUCCGUGCAAGAGCAGUCGAGUGGCAGCCGCGCAUCCCUCGACGCCCUGCUUCAGCGGGGCGAGCUGCCGAGACUGUCACCUUCGUCGUGGGACAACGAGCAACAUGGAUUCCUUCUGCGGUUCGCCGCUUUGGGACAAUUCCUUGACGUGGGACGCCGAGACGCCAGACUUCACGCCGUGCUUCCAGGAGACCGUGCUCGUGUGGGCGCCAUGCCUCUUCCUGUGGCUGACGUCGGGCUUCGACGUCGUCGCCUUCAAGCGCAGUCGGAACCCGCCGCUGCCAUGGACCUUCCUCAACAUCGCCAAAGUGCUGCUUUCGCUGGUCUUGGUGGUCGUCUCUGUGGUGGAGAUUUCUCAAGCCCUCACUCGCUACGCAGAAGGACAGAUCGUGUUUCCGGUCGAAUAUUAUGCACCUGUAAUACGUAUGGUGACCUUCGUUCUGACCCUUGUGCUGAUAACAACCGCUCGUAGACGAGGCGUCUAUACAUCCGGCCCACUGUUCAUAUUUUGGUUGCUGAUGUCUCUGGCUUCCAUUGUGCGGUACCGGUCUGUUAUCUUGCAAGUGUUCAGUGAGGAUGUGGGAAGUAUAUCGGAUGACCAGAUGGAGUUUCGUUUCAUCACUAUCGUGGUCUACUGUCCUGUCCUCGUGGGACAAUUCCUGCUCAGCUGUUUUGCAGACACUGCUCAGCCAAUCAGUAGCAAGAGGGCGCUGAAAAUAUGUCCCGAAAGCAGUGCGUCCUUCUUGUCCAAGCUCCUCUUCUGGUGGUUCAACGGCAUGGCCAUCUUGGGAUUCAUAAGACCCCUGCAAAUGUACAACAUGUGGUUCCUGGAUCAAUCCAAUCAGACGGCCACGAUUGCGGAGAACUUCUCCUACCACUUCGAGAAAGAGAAGCAGAAGAGGGGGGCGGUGCCGAGCAAGAAGCCCGACGCCGACGGCCGCCGUCCCGUCGUGUCCAUGAUCGGCAUAAUGACUCCGCUGUUCCGCACCUUCUGGGUCGAGCUCACCCUGGUGGCCCUCGUCAAGCUUGUCUCGAGUGUCCUCACAUUCGUGAGCCCCCUCAUCCUGGACAUGCUGAUCGCGUUCGUGAGCUCGGACGACCCUCUUUGGCGUGGCCUGCUGUUCGCCUUCACCAUGUUCUUCUCGGCCAUGUUGGAGUCUAUACUGAACGGCCAGUAUGACUACCGCAUCUACGUCAUCUCUAUGCGCAUGCGCUCGGCCAUGAUCAACGCCAUCUACAAGAAGGCCUUGGCCCUCUCCAGCGUCGCGAGGGGCCAGUUCACAACCGGAGAGAUCGUGAACCUCAUGUCUGUGGACACGCAGCGCGUGAUGGACUACAUACAGGUUUACAAUCUCAUUUGGAUAACGCCGCUCCAGAUUGGUCUCGCCAUCUGGCUUCUCUGGGGACAGCUUGGCAUUGCAACCCUGGGUGGCCUUGGCGUCAUGAUCAUUUUGCUUCCGGUGAACGGCGUGGUGACCGCUUACAUCAGGAAGUAUCAGGUUCAACUAAUGAAACACAAGGACAGGCGUAUUAAACUGAUGAACGAGAUCCUGGGUGGAAUGAAGGUGCUCAAAUUGUAUGCCUGGGAGAAGUCCUUCCAGGAGCGCGUGCAGGGCAUCCGGAACGACGAGAUGCAAUCCCUGAAGGUGCAGGCCUACCUUAGCGCCGCCGUCAUAUUUGCCUUCACCUGUGCACCAUUCUUGGUGGCCCUUGCGAGCUUCGCCGUGUUCAUCACCAUCGACCCGGCGAACGUCCUGGACGCCAACAAGGCCUUCGUGUCGCUCUCGCUGUUCAACAUUCUUCGCGUGCCGAUGGCCUUCCUGCCGAUGCUCAUCACGUUCACUGCUAUGUUCUUUGUGUCUCUGGGCCGCAUCAACAAGUACCUGCGCUCGGAUGAGCUCGACCCGAAUGCUGUGCAGCACGACGCAAGUGAAGGCGAUCCCUUGGUAAUCAAAGAUGCCAGCUUUGCUUGGGAGAAACACUCUCAGCCCGCGCUGGAUGAUCUCAACAUCAGCGUUCCCAAGGGCGCCCUGGCGGCAGUCGUCGGCUCGGUUGGCUCCGGGAAGUCAUCCAUGCUAUCCGCUUUCCUUGGUGACAUGGUGAAACAAAAGGGCUCGGUGAACAUCAAUGGUUCUGUGGCUUACUGUCCUCAGCAAGCUUGGAUUCAAAACGCCAGCGUGAAGAGCAACAUAACUUUCGGUCAGCCCUUCGACCGCGACCGAUAUGAGCAGGUCAUCGAAGCCUGUGCCCUUAAGCAGGACUUGGACAUUCUUCCCGGUGGCGACGACACGGAGGUUGGCGAGAAGGGCAUAAACUUGAGCGGUGGUCAAAAGCAGCGUAUCAGCCUCGCCAGGGCUGUGUACAGUGGUUCAGACAUUUACUUCUUCGACGAUCCCCUCAGCGCUGUGGAUUCGCACGUCGGCAAGCACAUCUUCGACAAAGUCAUCGGCCCCAAGGGACUUCUGAGAAACAAGACGCGCAUCCUGGUGACUCACCGCCUGGCCGUGCUGCCCCAAGUGGACAUGGUGAUCGUUCUCAGCGACGGCAAGAUCAGCGACGUGGGCACCUACGACGAGCUGCUCACACGCGGCGGGGCCUUCUCCGACUUCCUGGUGCAGUUCUUGCAGGAAGGAGAGGAGACCGAGGGUGUCUCCGACGAGGACAUGCAGCUGCUCAGCGAGAUCGUGUCCCAGGUUGGAGCAUCCUCCGAAUUGGCCAGGCAGUACUCUCGGCUGAGCGCCAAUGAAAGUGACUCGCCGUCGGACACCGAGCGACGCGCGCGUCGGCGUCGUGCUUCCUCCGCUCGCAGCGCUGGCGGCGAGAAGUCUACUCCCAGCAAGGGGAAGCCGGAGAAACAGGAGAAACUGCCACUGGCUGCCGGAGCAAAGCUGACUGAAGAGGAAAGCGCCCAAGUUGGAUCGGUGAAGUGGUGGGUGUACCUGGCGUACGUCAAGGCCAUGGGCAAGUGGCUGACGGCACUCACCUUCGUGUCUUACGUGUUCUCGCACGCCUUCAACAUAAUGGGCAGCUACUGGCUCAGCCUGUGGAGCAACGACGCCCUGGACCCCGUGCUGGCCACCGACCCGGCGCAGCGCAAUUUCCGUCUCGGCAUGUACGCCAUGUACGGCGGCGCCGAAACUAUAUUCAUCUUGGUAGGCAGUAUUUCACUGAAUCUUGCGGCACUGCGAGGAAGCAAGAUCUUGCACACUGGAAUGCUCGAACGUGUAAUGCGUUCUCCGAUGUCCUUCUUCGACACUACACCUAUGGGCAGGAUUCUAAACCGGUUUUCCAAGGAUAUUGACACGGCUGAUGUGACGCUGCGGUUCAACCUAAGAAUGCUCAUGAUGCAGUUCUUCAGGACUGUUGUGUCGUUCAUCCUGAUCUCCAUGGAGAAUCCGAUAUUCUUGGCUGCGGUCAUUCCACUGCUCAUAAUCUAUUACUUCGUACAGAAAUUCUACAUAGCCACGUCGCGCCAGCUGAAGCGCUUGGAGUCCAUCUCUCGGUCGCCGAUCUACGUGCACUUCUCGGAGACGGUCUCCGGCAGCAGUUCGAUCCGGGCGUACGGCGCCGGCGAGCGGUUCGUGGCUCGCUCCAACGAGCUGACCGACAUCAACCACAGCAGCUUCUUCCCCAGCAUCGCGGCCAGCCGGUGGCUCUCGAUCCGGCUCGAGUUCCUCGGCUACAGCAUCGUGUUCAUAGCCGCAAUGCUGGCCGUUCUCACCAGGGAAACCCUCUCGCCAGGUCUCGCUGGCCUCUCUGUGAGCUACGCGCUCACGGUGACCUCGACGCUGAACAUGCUCGUUCGUGCCACCUCCGACACCGAGACGAACCUCGUCGCCGUCGAGAGAUGCUUCGAGUACACGCGCACGCCGCAGGAGGCUCCGUGGGAGCGGCCUGACAUGAAGCCGGACGACAUGUGGCCGACUGCGGGACGUGUGGUGUUCGACAACUACUCGACCCGCUACAGGGAUGACCUCGAGCUCGUCCUCAAAGGCAUCAGUUGCGAUGUGAACCCAGGGGAGAAGGUCGGCAUCGUCGGACGAACUGGUGCCGGGAAGUCUUCGCUUACGCUCUCGUUGUUCCGGCUUAUCGAGGCAGCCGGAGGCGCCAUCUGCAUUGACGGCGUGGACAUAUCCUACCUUGGCCUCUACGACCUUCGCUCCAAGCUGACCAUUAUUCCCCAGGACCCAGUGCUGUUCAGCGGAACUCUUCGCUCCAACCUGGAUCCUUUCGACAAGUUGACCGACGACGAACUGUGGCGUGCACUCGAGCACUCGCACCUCAAGGAAUACGUGGCUGGCCUGGAGAAAGGGCUCGAGCACAACAUCACAGAAGGCGGCGAAAAUAUCAGCGUCGGUCAGCGCCAGCUGGUGUGCCUUGCGCGAGCUCUGCUUCGCAAGUCUCGCAUCCUCAUCCUAGACGAGGCCACGGCUGCUGUGGACAUGGAGACGGACGAUCUCAUCCAGGCCACGAUACGCCGGGAGUUUUCCGACUGCACCAUCAUUACCAUUGCGCACAGGCUGAACACUGUCCUCGACUACGACCGGAUCAUGGUCCUGGACCGUGGACACAUCGUGGAGUUCGAUGCGCCGCGUGACCUGCUGAAGCAGGAGACCUCGGUCUUCUACCAGUUGGCUAAGGAUGCCAACCUUGUCUAGCCUUGUGCACACUGUUUCCCAAGGAUUGUGUUUUACUCAUGGCUAUUGCCAAUGUGUUCGACCUCAGUCGUUAGUUUUUUGUAGCCUGAGAAAAAUAGUCCUGUUUACAUUGCUUCAGCUUUAAACUGAAAUAUGAAUAAGCCUAUGUUAAUUGUGCACCUACUGAGUCGUAAAGAAAAUAAAAAAAAGUAAAUGAAA